GAUCCGGCCGGUUCCGCGUGGCGGCUUCUGAGCACAGCGUCGUGAUUGGUUCUUCGGCCUGUCUGCCUGACGUAACCAAUUGGCUGGGGGAAGGGAGUGAAUGUCAGGAAGGAUGAAGAAGGAGGAGGGGGAGGAGCUGACAGUGGUUGCGUCCGAGCCAAGGGGGCGGGUGGGGGGUGGAGGGGAAGAGCUACAAGGGAUGCGCAUGCGCACUUGCUCGCUGCUCCCCCCGCUCAGGGGCGUUGAGUGGGGAUCACGUGACCGGGCCCAGCGACCGCACCCCGCGGGAGCUUUUCCGGCGUUUACAGGCCCUGGGGGAUGCAAAGUCGAGUGCGGCUCCUGUGCCGCGGGCACUGAGAGACGGGGUCUUGCUACGUUGUCGAGGUCUAGACUGCUGGCCUCAGGCGAUCUUCCAGCCUCCCAGGGCGCUGGGAUUACAGGCUUGAGCCACCGCGCCCGGCCCAGAGUCCCAUUUCUUAGACGGGCAAAUCGACCAUCACAGCCAAAGAAAAACUUCCGAGUUGCGAAGUCGGCUCAGUUGCCCCUGCGCCCUGGCGUCCCCCGAGGACGUCGCGCCUUCCCGGUGGACAGGACCUCGGCGGCCGCCCGCGGAGCCAAGGAUAACCCGACGGCCGACGGUGCCCGGUGCCCGCACGCGUGCGUCUGCGCCUUUGCGCGCGCGGCGGCCCCCGCACCUGUCCCGAAAAGCACACUCCCAGGCCACGUGCAUGCCCCGCGUCACGUACCGGCCCCUGCCUUCCCCGGCCGGAACCCGCGUGGCGGUGCCGAGCGCUGCGCCCGCCCCUACUCCCCCAGCAGUGCGCGAUAGCUGGACGCCCCUGCGGCUGCGCGCCCCCCUCCCCUGUCGGGGCUUUCUCCAGGGUCUGAGGCCCCGGAGAAGGCAGCAACGCAGACAGGCGGUGACCGCACAGAGGUAAAACCCACCAUCCCCACCUACAUGCCCACGGCAGGCACCAGCCGGCCUGGAGCGGCGGAGGGCGCCGGCCAGAGGCAGCGUCGCCCGCAGCCUGCGAUAGUGCGCUUGCACAGAGCAAGGCGGCUUUGGAAGAAAAUCUGACCCCCUCACCGCGGCCUGCAAACCCCUGCAGGAUCUGGCCCUGGCGCCUCUCACACAAUCCCCUACUUGGCUUGUACCUUGCGCACUCCCCCUCUUCCCCCACUCGCCUGGACGCUCACACACUGGCCUGCCUUAUUUCCCUGGGACACUAGGCUCUUUCCUGCCCCAGUCUGCUAUCUCUGGAAGCUCUUCCUCCUCCUCUAUCCUCAGAUAGCUCCUGUUCAGGCUACUAGGACAAGCCUAAAGUAGCACCCUUCACACUGUCUCGUAUUGCCUGGUUAUAUUAUUUCAUAACAUCAAUCACUAUCUAAAAUGCUAAAUUAGGCCUGGCGCGGUGGCUAAAAAACAGGUUUCCAAUUGUAGGGAAGAAUAUAAAGUGAAAAGCAAACAAAAAUCAUUCUACCUACCUCAUUCUACAUCCUCCCAAUCCUAUUCCCAGGAAAUAACUUGUGACCUUUGAAAACGGAGUUAUGUGUACGUCGAGUGUGUAUGUGUGUGUGUACCUAUAUACAAGUAUGUCCCUUCUUAAGGAAAAAAAAAGAUGAUUUUAUGUGUACUAUCCUACAAGCCUUUUUUCCUUAACAUAAUUUGGAUGUCUUCACAUUGGGACCUAAAGACUUAUUUAUUCUUUUAAAAUAUUGCAAAGAAUUUCAUUGUAUGGAUUCACUAUAAAGUAUUUAACAGGGCCCCUAUUGAUACAAAUUUAGGUUGUGACCAGUCUUUGGCUAUUAUAAACAAUGCCAUAAUGAACAUCUUGUACAUAUGUAAUACAGUGAACAUCCUUGCAUAUAUACAUAUGUGUAUUGAAUAUAUAUCCUCAGAAAUAGUAUUUUAGAGUCACAAGGUAUAUGAGUUAAAUAUUUUAGGAGGGUAGGCAUGGUGGCUUACACCUAUAAUCUCAACAAUUUAGGAGGCCAAGACGCAAGGAUUGCUUGAACUCAAGAGUUCAAGACCAGCCUAGGCGACAUAGUGAAACCCAGUCUCUACAAAAAGAUACAAAACACAGCCAGGCAUGGCGGCACACACGUGUAGUUCCAGCUACUCAGGAGGCUGAGGCGGGAGGAUUGCUUGAGCCCAGAAGGCAUAGGUUGCAGUGAGCCGAGAUAGUGCCACUACACACCAGCCUGGGUGACAGAGUGAGACCCCAUCUCAAUCAAUCAAUCAAUAAAUAAAACUGCCUGCUGAGUGUAGGAUCAGUGGUUGUUGAUAUGUCAAUGUCUACAUUUCUGCAUUCGCGGUAGCACGUGGGAAGUCCAGGCCUGCACAUGUAGGUAUGACAAAGGAGAGAGCACAGCUGGACGAUUUCGCUGCCUGCAGGCUCCACUUCAAAAGCCACACACCACUUUGGACAGUCCAAAGAUUUCGAGUUUUUACAGAAUGAAGGCUGCUCUUCUUCUCCUUCAUGUAACUCAGACGCUGUUCCAGAAGCCUCUGGCCUUUUCUUGUAAGAACAUAAUAUUUCAGCCAUAGAUAAAAGAAGGAAUGAUAUUGAAUAGCAUAAACGCUGGCUCUAUAAUAAAUAUUUGUCAGUUAGAAAAAACAGUCUAAAGAAAAAGGAAUAAAUAUUGAAAA